AUGGGUGGUUACGUAGGAAAACCACAAUACACUAACGAAACCAUUUCACUGGAUUUGUCUAAAUCAUUCGACAUUUCUAAUCCCCCUUGGCGUAUAGACACAAAAGCUACUGCACCGGUAAACGCAGAAUUUGGCUCUGCAUGUUUAAGUCCUGUUGAUGGCUCUACUAUCUACAUCAUUGGUGGAGUAGCUUACGAAACAUCGUUAGGAUUUUUUAAACCAUCGCUUAUUUAUACUUUUGAUUCUACUGAAUCAAAAUGGACGACACUGGAUACUUUUGGGUUUACACAAUUUGAUAAUAAUGUGACCAACUUGUAUAAUGACAUGCAGGCCAUUAUGCGUCAUA